AUGCACUCUCGUAAAACAAUCACCAUCGUCACCUCGCCUUCUCCGAAGAACAAACCACUACCUGCGCUCUCGAUGGGAACAUCCCCUACGACAAAGCAGGCUCCCGUGCAAUAUCGCAUUGAGGAACGGAAGCGUACCGUCUACGUGACGUCUGACGCUCCACCCUCUGAAUGGGACCCGAAUAGUUUGAACACGAUCUUUUCUCUGACCGAAGUCCCAGAAAACGAGGAAGCGGGGUUGAAUGCUCAGGUACCCAUUAGUCGCACCCCAUCCUACGUAGAAACACAGGUCCUGAUUACUGAGGACAUUUCGCCUCCUGGAACUCAGGAUUCGCGAGAAAACUCGCCUAGAAUCAGCACACACCGCUCUCGACGGCCUGGUGCCAAGAACUGCGCUACUCUUUACGCUUCGAACUCAAAUACACCACCUGGAUCUCCUCCUCCACAACGGCUAUCCCCUCAAGUCAGCACAACAAGGCCCCGUAUCUUGUUCUACAACAAAUCAGACCCACACUAUGGCUUCACAAAUUUCUCUGCUCACUCCGUCGUUUACAAAGGCAAAAGGUACCCGACUAGCGAACACCUAUUCCAAUCUUUCAAAUUCCAGAAGCAUCGCCCAAAUCUCGCCGAACACAUCCGCACUUGUUCAGAAAGGCCAAGUGUUGCAUUUUCUGAAGCUCGUCGAUUCCAGCCCGAAGUUCGGACGGACUGGAAACAAGUCAAUAUUGAGAAGAUGGACGAAGCAUUGUGGUGCAAAUUUACGCAACAUUCCGAUCUGAAAGCUGAACUCCUCUCGACUGGCGAUGCGGAACUAGUUGAGGACUCCGACAAGGAUGCAUUCUGGGGCGUAGGAGCUGACCGGAGGGGACGUAACGAACUUGGGAAGGCUCUAGAGCGGCUACGGGCCAAACUCCGCGAGGCUCCCUAG